CCGGCCCGCGGCGCGCAGCCAGCGGCAGCGGGCAGCAGCGGUUUCUUGUCUUAUCAUUAUUAUCACAUUAUCAUCAGGACUGCGCCGGCGCAGGUCUUUCCUCAAGAGUUCUGCAGUCGCGUGCCGACCGCCGUCGCAGACGCACGUGUCGACGUCACGAACAACACCGCUCAUGAUAAACCCUCGUGCCAAUCCGCGUGUUUUUCAAUAACAAUGGCGCUCCUCCUCACCAUCCUGUCUCUGACCACACUGGUGACCAGCAGCGUGGUGCACCCGUCCCCCGGAGACAGCUUCGAGCUGCUGAUCCUGCACAACAACGACAUGCACGCGCGCUUCGAGCAGACCUCGCAGCUGAGCGGCAUCUGCACGCCGGCCGACCGCCAGGCGGGGAGGUGCUACGGAGGGUUCCCGAGGGUGGCGCAUGUUGUGAAGGAGGCGCGCCGGGCCGCGGCUUCAGGCGAGGGUCCGCCGGUGCUGUACCUGAACGCCGGAGACACGUACACCGGCACCGCCUGGUUCACCAUCUACAAGUGGAGGAUCGCCGCGGAAUUCCUCAACGCUUUGCAGCCUGAUGCUGUUUCACUUGGCAACCAUGAAUUCGACGAGCGGGUGGGCGGGCUAGUUCCCUUCCUGCGCAACGUGACAACCCCCGUGCUGGCUGCCAACCUCGUGCUGGACCGAGUGCCCGAGCUGCUACACGAACCCAACUUGAAGAAAUCCAUAGUCCUAACAGUAAAGGACACCAAAAUUGGCAUCAUCGGCUACCUGACACCUGAAACCAAGAUCCUAGCGCCAAACAACGACGUCGAAUAUGAGGAUGAAGUUGUAGCUCUCAAAAGAGAAGUCAAAGUUCUACAGGAACAAGGAGUGAAGAUUUUAAUCGCCCUCGGACAUUCUGGGUUUUUGGAAGACAUGGAAAUUGCGAAAGAAGUCGAAGGCCUAGACCUGGUUAUUGGAGGUCAUUCGAACACCUUCCUGUGGAAUGGUGAAACUUCGGAGCAACCGGAGCAAGUGGAAGGCCCGUACCCCACUAUGGUUCAGCAAGCGUCAGGCAAAAUGGUGCCGGUGGUACAAGCUUACGCCUACACCAAAUACAUGGGGAAACUUCAUUUAAUAUUCGAUGCUGAAGGGGAAAUUGCUCACUUCGAUGGGAAUCCCAUUGUUCUAAGCCAAGAUGUACCGAGAGAUCCCGAAGUGUUGGACUUAGUGUUACGAUAUCAUGAAGACAUAGAACGUACAAACAGCGAAGUGGUCGGCACUUCUAUGAAUGCUUUAGAUGGGCUAUCCUGCCGCAUCAAACAGUGCAACAUAGGUAACCUGAUAACAGAUUCUAUAGUACACUACAGCAAGGACCAAGGAAUGUGUACUAAUAUAGCUAUCGUUCAAGGGGGAAGGAUCCGAGCUUCUAUCAGACACGAACAGGGGCCGAUAGAUUUGACUAAAGGUGAUUGGUUCACAGUUUUACCGUUUUCGGAUACUUUAACUGUAGUAACUAUGAAUGGAUCGACAUUAUUGCGGGCUUUAGAGCAUUCAGUGGAUACUUGGCGUACGGUGGAUAGCACGGGCCAGUUCCUUCAGUUUUCCGGAAUGCAAGUAAUUUAUGAUUUAGCAAAACCUCCAGGGUCUAGAGUAGUGUCAGCAAAAGCAGUGGAGAGUCGGAAUACAUGUGAAGUGUCUGAAUUGCAAGAUAUAAAAGAGUCCGGAGAAUACAAAGUGAUAAUGCCUACUUUCUUGGCAGAAGGUGGUGACGGCUAUGCUAAUUUUGUGGGACAACCGCGAGAAAUGCUAUCUUAUAAUGAGCUAACGGCAGUCUUCGAUUACUUAAGAAAAAAUAGUCCCGUUAACCCGCUGAUAACUGACCGCUUGAUUGUUCGCAAUGUGGAUAGAAUUCAGAAAACUGCUAGAAAAGGAAAACAUUUGCCGUCAAGCGCGCAUACCUUAAGCAUCUAUUACGAAGUAAUAUUUAUAUUCAACAGUUUUUUAAUAUUAAGUUUAUGGUAGAUAGUUAUAGUUUUUAGUAUAAUUUAAAUGAUGAUAACGUAAAUAUAUCUUGACUUGAUGCAGUGUCCGGAAAUGAGUCGAGACUCGAGAGGUCGAGAUCGAAUCCUGGCCGGGGCAGAUAUUUGUUUGCAGAUAUGUAGGUACUGUUUAUUUUACUUAUGAAAAGGGGUCCUCGUCUUCAAUGUUCCUACUUUCAUUCAAACAUUUUCUCAUCAUCAGCCAACAGAUGACUGUUGUCUAGUACUUAGAAGAUGACUUCUAAGUACUAGACAUUAGCCUCUCUAAGCGUGCUUACAUAGAGAAUCGGGUUGCUGUAUCUACCUGUACCGGUAACCUGAUUAUGCGAAAGGCGCGAAAGCCCUCAUGACAUUAAAAAAUCAGGGAAAUGCUCCGUGAGUGAGCGCUUUCGCAUAAUCAGGUUACCGCUACAGGUAGAUACAGGGAACCCGAUUCUCUAUGUAAGCACCCUAAGGCACUAUUGUCUUAAAUAGGUACACGCAUUAGUUCAGAACAGAAUAAGUACAUACAAUUUAAAUUACAUAAUUAUAAUGUAUUCAUAAGUAUUCCUCAAGUAUGCAUUCCUUUACUUGUUUAAUUUAGAUAGGGAUUUUUGAACCUUAAUAAUUAAGGUUUUUAUUUUACCAGUACGUAUUUAUUUUUACUGAUAAUAUGGAACUAACGCUUGUUUUUAAUAUUGAUUUCAUUGUAAUUAUUAUAAGUAUUGUAAGUUAUAACAAAUAGGAACAUAUAAUAAUGUGUGAUUGUGAGUCACAGGAGAAGUUUUUUUUUUAAAUACAUUGUUUUAAUAAU